GGAGCAUCGACCAGGGAUAGCUUCUUCAGGUUGUUGGUACUAGUUUGAUAUAUAGUUCCAAAGAACCAAUUCUCUCAUGCAGUGAGUGCAUGUUGACCAUGGUAACAUUGACGCUUUCAAGAAUACGCUGCCCCCCAUGAUAUAUUUUAGCACGCGUCCUGAAAAAAAUCACAUGCACCUUUGGACAUAUUAUCGAGUCCUCAAACCAAGUUUCGCAGCCAGAGGGACAGCGGUGCUGUGGGUUCCACAGGUUCCCCAAUGCGCAGUUCUCUAAGGUCUGGGAAGAUGUCUCGUCUAUCUCUGUUGCCUUUGGUAGCUUCUUGUGCCGCUGCUACUGGGUAUGAUUGGCAAGAGAGUAUUCGGGGUCUGAAUGGCGCACAGCGCCCUCUUCGUGACUAUGAAAGCAUUUCGGCCCACAAGUUGCCCACUCUGAAGCUUAAUGAUGGCUACGAAAUCCCUACGAUCGCAUACGGGCUAGGCACCAAGAAUUACAAGAGAGGCGAUGAUUUCGACCAGGACAUUGUGGAUGUGACAUUAAAGGCGCUAUCGGCCGGCUUCACGCACCUGGACGGAGCUGAGUCGUACAACAACGAGGAAGAGCUCGGUGCUGCGAUCAAGUCGUCCGCCAUCGCCCGCGAGAAGCUCUUCGUGACCACCAAGGCCACCGUCAAGGUCGACAAGCCGAUCGAAGAGAACUUCUCAGCAUCACUCAAGAAGCUGGGGCUGGACUACGUCGAUUUGUACCUGAUCCAUUCGCCCUUCUUCGCGGGCGGCGACGCUAAGGUUCUCCAGGCCAAGUGGGCUGAGGUGGAGGCGAUCAGGGCCUCAGGCCGGGCUAGGUCGAUAGGCGUGUCCAACUACAUCCAGGAGGACCUCGACGCGGUGCUGGAGACGGCAAAGGUCAAGCCGGCCAUCAACCAGAUCGAGUUCCACCCAUACCUGCAGCACAUCACUGACAGCGGCAAGACGAAGCUGCUCGACUACCACCGUGAAAAGGGCAUCGCCGUUAGCGGGUACGCUGGCCUCACAGCCAUCACGAAAGCGGCGCCAGGCCCCGUCGAUGGCGCGUAUGCCAGACUGGCGAAGAAGUACAACGUCACCGAGGGAGAUGUUGCCCUUCGGUGGACGCUGGACCAGGGCGUCGUGGCCAUCACGACGAGCUCCCGGGAGGAGAGGCUGAGGGAAUACGUGGGCAAGCUGCCUUCCUUCAAGCUUACACCCGAGGAGGUCAAGGAAAUCUCGGACUUAGGACUGAAGAAGCAUUUCCGGGGCUUCUGGAGGGACCAGUAUGAUGAAGAGGACUGGAGGUAACUUGGAGGGAGACGUCAUGAGACGUAGUGGGACACAUGGGAAUGCCUCUGCCUAAGUAACUGUCUCGCGCAUCAAACUUGGUUAUUUGUUGUUUUAAGGUGUGAGGUUGUUGAAGAUGGUUGAAGAGUGAGGGUAGCUGCUUGGAUACAUAUGUAACAAAAAAUGUACUCAGGAACGAUUUCUCCAUAUUCACUGUUACAAUUAUACAGCCAGACUCUUAAGUGGUUUCGCUUCUAUUUCGCGUACGUCCGAGAGGACAUACAUGCCAGACUUUUAAAACUUAAAGUACCGUCGCAGUGCACGUUGACUGUCUAUUAUAAGAUGGAGUGGGCCUGGCAACUAUAACACCUGUGGAUUCAAACUUGGGGAGGGUGUGCUGUAUAGUAGCAGCCCGCAGAAGAGCGAUGGCACCUUUUAAGGUAACGUCCGGAGCCCUCAAGCGCUCUUAUCAUGCGAGUACUCUUCACUGCCACCUUUCGCACCUGGCAAUCCUAGAAGCCUACAUAAGGCUGUGUCCCAGGAGGUUCUUCUGGACACUAUUUAUAGUUCCUCAUUAUGAGGGAGUAUUACAGAAGGCUGUCUUUUAGGGUCAUUUGUUAUGCGAUCUAUUUUUAUAUGUUCUUGGACGUACCUAGGUAUGCGGAACAGAAGCCAGGCCAGGUAGUUAUUUAGUACUCUUCAGCUUCAACGGAGGACGAAAUAGCUGUAGCUAGAGAGAAGUAUCUUUUCAAGUGGCAGGUAUGUAGCUUGCCCACGGAAACGGUCAUAGGUCCGUACAUGUAUGUAUAUGUAUCCAUGCAAAUCGUCACAAACUCGGCAGUCUGC